AUGAGGCGCAGGAGACAGGAACAGGCCCGUGAUGUAGAUCAUCAAAAAGCUGACUGGGUUAGUAUCCACGAGCGGAUAUGCCAGCUGCUGAUUCCAAUCCGUACAUCCCUCCCUUUCCUCCUUUCUGAAAAAGAAAGAAAACAUGGCUCGGAACAGUUGGUGAAAAGGCAGAAAUACGUCAUCGAUCUGGCGUACAGCACAGCCCAGGAGUUUGUUUUGGAUGGAAAGCAUCAAGAAGCGAUACCUGCAGCUUUGCAUGCGCUGCGUUUCAGUGCUGAAGUGUACGGCUCAAAUUCUGUGCAAUUGGUGCCUGCUUAUCUCCUCUUGGCUGAGGCCUCCGCUGGUGUUGGCCAUUUUCCAGAGGCGUUGAAGUAUCUCUCCCAAGCUCAGUGGAUUGUCCUCAGAACUCCAGACUGCAGUGUUGCUGUUCAGUGUAAAUUACAUCGUAGUCUGGGACUUUUCUGUGCUGCUGAAGGAAACUUUGAACAGGCUUUAUAUCACCUGGCCAAUGAUAUUUACCUUGCUAGUUCUACGUUUGGGCUAAAAUCCAUUGAGGCCUCUGGAGGGUAUUUCCACAUGGCUAAUGUUUUCUUUCGCCAGAACAAAAUGGACAUAGCAAACUCGCUCUAUGCUGAGGUAACCGACAUCUGGCAUGCCUUUCUUGUGAAGUCAGUUCAAGCGCAGGAGCAAAUUCUCACAUCGCGACCAGAAAUGUCUCCGUUCACCGAGGACAAGGAAGUCAGCGACUACUGUAUGACUGAAGCCCAGCAAGCUGAAGCAAUCCGAGUACUGAAUGCCGUGUUAGGUGUCAGAGAGCAGGCACCAAAGCAACAACCUGGGGAAACGGCCAGAGUUUUGCACGCUCUCGCCAUGCUUUAUUACCUGGUCCUGGAUUUGUCGAAAGCUCGUGAGGUGGGGAUGAAAGCCUUUGACCUGGUGAAACAACUGCCCCAACAAGAGUCUCUAGGAGCCAUCGGUCAUCUGUUACAGUUGAUUAACUCCAAGCCUUCCCACACAAAAUAAAGAACUCUUUCUAC